UCACCCUCCUAGGACCCGAGCAGGCUUAUAAAGAGGAACACACGUUGGCGCUCAAACACACUCGAUUUAUUUCUCCCCUGAGACGGAAAACCAGAGGGUCCCAGCCAAGAUGAGACUGUACCUUGCAGCUGCCGUGCUGAUGCUGGCUUUGGUCGCAUACGCAGAGGCUGAGGGCGAAACCGCCGCGGAGCAGCUCAGCAGGUUGGGCGAGCGGGUGUCCGAGAUGAGCAGGAACCUGGCCGAGAAGGCCAAGACUACCUUUGAGGAGCUCCAUAACAGCGAGUUUGCGACCACCUCCAGGAAUUGGUUCCGGGACACGUUCGAAAAUCUCAAGACCAGGUUAGGGGGAGUCUCCCAGUAGACGAGUAGACAGGUUCGUGUCACCAGCCCACAGUCACCCCUCCGCACACACCUCUGACGGCUGACCUCUUCACUCUUACCCUCACGUCCCACGACUCGUUGCUCUGCGGACCGGACUAAAUGGUUGCAUCGCCUAUCUGGAAUGAGUUUUUUUGUUUGUUGUUGUUGUUGUUGCUGUUGUUGUUUGUUAAAUAACUUGAGUGUAAUCUUUUUGAAGAAACAACGUCAAAAAAUGCUCAAAAGACGUCCAAAAAUAAAAUGUUUUUAAAAAUAUAUAAA